AACUUCUGAAAGCACCACCAAGUUUCAGCCAUGAAAUUCACUUCACUCACCACUACGAUCAUAUCUGUCGCAGCGAUGGCUGGCGUAGCUAUCGCAUCCGACAACCUGGUGAUAACACCGAAGAACUUGCCCUGCAACGGAGCUGAUUCAGCGGGGUGUUCAACGGGCAUCAAAGGUUUCAACAACGGCAACGAUUUCGGGUAUUACUGUUCACCUACCAACAAAAUUACAUACUAUGAGGCAUGUUCGUGCAAACAUUGCUGUAAGGUUCUCUCCGGUGGAGCAGACUUCAGCUGUCCUGAAGCUUGAACCUGCUCAACUCCCGUGCCCGAUGGAUGGAACAAUUAGCAUGAUACGUGGACGAGGGCGUGAAGGCGUGCUGUCAACGAUAUGUAAUCAAUUUAAUCAUUUUGGUCUAUUGAAAUAAAAUGGUCCUGGAUUGUCAAUGAG